GAUGACAGUUUAAACAGUCUUCCAAUGAGGUGCUUCUCCUUAUAUAACUGGGGAGUAUGAGUAUGUGUUUUUAAUCUUUAAUCCAUGAAUACGUUUGAGACAAACCAUGUAAAAGAUAGAGAGAAAAAAAGAGAUAGCCUGCAAAAUGGUUGAUUUCGGAAGCGUUGGGAGGAAGGUUCCUAUUGCAUAGACUGACUGCAAGCAUUUUUAGGACGACUCCAGGAGCAGGCAGGAUGAAUGGUGGGCAUGGGUUUAGGAAACUUCCCAAGUGAAAAUGGAAUCUGCAGACGAAGCUGCGGCCAAGUGAGGAUUCGAACCCAUGACGCCGACCUCUCCGGGGAUGAAAUCGUUCUUUUAGCUAAUUCUCGGGAAGCCGCGCCCCACCACGCCUCCCAGGGCUGCUUCUCCCAUUGGCUCGCUGGAAAAAGAGGUGACCCAAUCGUCGUCCGCCUUAGCCACCCGGCCCUCCCCCGGGGCUCUCUAGGGGACAGAGGUCACUUGCACGCCGAGAGCGCUGGAGCUCCGCCCUGUUUGCCCGGCAUUCCCCGCGCCGCCGGAUCCAAGAUGGAGGAGUACGCUCGUGAGCCCUGCCCCUGGCGAAUUGUGGAUGACUGUGGUGGGGCUUUCACUAUGGGUACCAUAGGAGGUGGUAUCUUCCAAGCAAUCAAAGGUUUUCGCAAUUCUCCUGUGGGAGUAAGCCACAGGCUUCGAGGCAGUAUGACAGCCAUCAAAACCAGAGCACCACAAUUGGGAGGUAGCUUUGCAGUUUGGGGAGGUCUCUUUUCCAUGAUUGAUUGCAGUAUGGUAAAAGUCAGAGGAAAAGAAGAUCCAUGGAAUUCUAUCACAAGUGGUGCCUUAACUGGAGCCAUAUUGGCAGCAAGAAAUGGACCAGUGGCCAUGGUUGGUUCAGCUGCAAUGGGUGGCAUUCUUCUGGCUUUAAUAGAAGGAGCUGGUAUCCUGUUAACAAGAUUUGCAUCUUCACAAUUUCCAAAUGGACCCCAGUUUGUUGAUGAUCCUUCCCAGUUGCCUCCAGCUCAGUUGCCACCCUCACCAUUUGGAGACUAUCGUCAGUAUCAAUAAUGAAACUGUUGCCCUGAGGUUUCUUAUUAGUAUACAAUCUUUAGUUCUAAAAAGAUUCUGGAAGACCAAGUUACAGUCUGAUUUGGACAAGAAAGGCGGACUAUACUCUGAAGAAACACUUAGCACUUUUUCUAUUUAAAAAGAACCUGGGACAGAAAGUCUAAAAGUUUAAUUUUAUUUAUUAAUACUUGGAUUGCAUUUGUAAUAAAAAUAAAUGUCUAGAAAUACUUUUAAAUGCUUAGAAGAUGAAGGACCAAAGUUGGGAGAAUAUUGAAAUUGAUUUCCUUAUGGACUUCUCUGCCUGGUUUGUUGUUCUGUGGUUCAAACAAUAAUAAUCCCUGGAAUUUGUUCUUUCAAGAUCAUCAGUAGUAGUGUUCCACUUUCAUCAAGUACUUCAUCUUCUCAACAAUAAUAGAUUUUUAAACUUGCAUGU